AUGCCAGGUUCGGAAGAAUUCAUGGAUGAAUCAAGCGGUAUUUUGCACAGUCAUCAUACACAUGUCACGGAUUCGGGUCAAGGUUCGGAAGAAUUCAUGGAUGAAUCAAGCGGUAUUUUGCACAGUCACCAUACACAUGUCACGGAUUCGGGUCAAGCAAAAGAAGGAUCUUAUCGGACACCGUUUUCAUUCCGUAUUACGAGCAUCGAUUACACUCCCGAAUUUGGCGAUCCGGAUAGUGGAAAAUACAAAAAGCUUCAGGAUCAACUUUUACCUGAUGUAAGUCUAUACUUCGAAAUUAUUUUCCUGAUCAAUAUUGAAUAA